AACCAAGGUCCAAAGCUGGAUGACAAGUUUGUCACGUUCCUUCCCUUGACCUUGCCCUUCAUCAUCUUCUUCUUCAUCUACUCUCUCUUAUCUCUCUCUAUUUAUAUACAUAAACCCUAAUUAACUCCGUCACCGACCUACGUUCAAUGAACUCAAUGGAGAACAAGCCACCAGUUUCAAGAUCAAAAGGCAACAAGAUCCUAAGGAUGUUGAAAAAACCACCUUCAUUCUCCAUAUCCAACCCUCAUUCCAUCUCCAACUCAAAGCCAAUCCACCACAAUAAGGCCUUCUCUGGCCCCCUUGUUCCUAUGGAAGCUCGAAAAAAAGGCGAAAGCCGAAAUUUCACUGAAAGAGAGCCUACUUCUCCUAAAGUCUCAUGCAUGGGCCAAAUCAAGCUGAAGAAGAGCAAUUCCUCUUCUAAAAGGUUUCCAAACAAGGAGAAGAUUCAUAAGAGCAGUUCUUUCACUUUGAAGAAGAUGUUCAACAAGAAGGUGAGGCCCAGGAGGCGGCCGGAGUCUCCAGAAGUGCCAGCGCAACCUCCGGUGGGGCAGUUGAGGAAAUUCACCAGUGGAAGAGAUUGGUUAGCUGACUUUGAUUGGAGAAAAGUUCAUGAUGAUAGUGAAGUUUAUGAUGAUGAUGGAGAUGAGGUGAUUGUGCCUCAUUCGGCGCCAAUAUUGAUCGGUGGCGGUGGCGGCGUUGCGCCGGAGCCGAAGAAGGAGGUGAAUCUUUGGAAGAGAAGAACUUUGGAUCCUCCCAUGAGUCUUCAAGUUAAAGUUAAGUGAUGUUUAGCUUGUUUUCAUGAUGCCUGUUAAUUGUGUUUGGGUUUGGCGUGUGUGUAUAUAUACACAUGUGAGAAGUUUUGAUACAUUUUUAUUUGUCAUUUUAUGUGUUCUCUUUAAAAUGUUGAGAGGAUUAGUGUAAAUAUAAAUCAAAGCUCAUCUUGUUUUUCUUCUCA